ACGAACAGACCUAUUGCCACUGAGAAUAGACAUGAGAUCUUACCUAUGACCACGGCACGGUUACGACAUUUUUACGUGCAAAGGCCUUAAUUCUGGCAUCCAACUUAUCUUGGCAGCAAAAGAUUAUUGAGAAAAAUGAAAGGCCAUUACACUUCACAAGAAGGAAUACAUUAACUGCAUCUUUCUUAGUCAUUGAAGAAAUUGCUGAACAUUCAAGUAUAGGACAAAGUUUUAUAAUGGUUCUAUAAUGUUUAUAUAAUUAAAGACAAGUUACAUAGAUUAUCAAUUUCUAUAAAAUCAUUAAAUGAUACAGCUGCAAAUAUUAUGGAGCAGAAUGAAGGAAAUGAAAUUUCUACUAUUUCAAAUAUUGCCAAGAUAGAUGUUUCUCCAAAAUCAAAGCAGAAGAAGAAAUCUCUUUGCCGCAUGCUGAUGAACAAGAAGACCAAAGUUGGUUGCUUAGAGCUAUCUUAUAAGGAUGAGGAUUCAAAUAAGAAUUCUAAGAUAGACAGCUCACAACACGGAUCUCAAACCAGUACUAAAUUGUCUUUGUGUUGCGCAAUGACUGAACGUAGUAGAACACCACCUCAGAGCUUAACUGUUAGUAGACUUUCUCCAACAACCUUAAGUCGUACUUCGGUCAAAUCUGAAGUAGCUUCUGUGAAUGAAGAUUGUCGAACAAAUAUACUGGUCAAGAAAGAGGAGAUACAUGUUGAAAGUAACACUCAGGUGACACAAGAGACUAUAAUCAAAAAGAAUAGUACAGCAAAGGAGCAGUGUCAUAGUACUUAUAUAGAAGACUCAACGGAAAACUCGUUCGAAGAAUCUUCAGAAGAUGAAAAUGAACAUCUGAUUGAGUCUGAAAAAACUCAAAAAUAUUUAAAGGAUGAAUACUUUACAAAGGGAAAGUAUAUCACUUAUUUCUUCCUGGAAAUGGAACGGCAGUUAUACAAUCCUUCAGAAGUUUACAGAAUGAUUCAGUAUCGUGAUACUGAUUGUGAAAAGCCAGAGAAAGAAGAUGGAAGUUUUUCCUCCGGAUCACAGUCCCCGAGUAUACCGAGACAAUUGCGUCGUAAAUUGUUACAUAGAAGAUCUGCGGAUAAUUUAAUCGUGAACUCACCGACAAAUUCCAUGAGGCAUUCCAGUCCAGAAUCUAUUAAAAGUGCACCGAUACAGCAUAAGCCACGUUCGACGUCACACGAUGCUCUAUCUAGAAAGAAAGAUCGUUACUUUUGUCAGGCAACAGGAGCGUCUAUGGAUAGUUUAGCAAAACAAUCGUUACUUGCUGCACACGUACUUAAUUUAAUACCUACACAAAAAGCACGGGAAAGAAAUUUUCUUCACGGAAGAAUUGCUGCCAAUUCCUUACUCGGACCAGUAGAACUCGAGAAAGUGUUGCCGAAUCGAGAAUUGAAGAUUUUUAUUGGCACAUGGAACAUGAAUGGGCAGACUCCGCCGAAGGAAUUAAAUGAUUUUAUGUUACCAUCCGAUAUAGAGACCAUACCCGAUUUGUUGGCUAUAGGCACACAAGAAUCAUGUUCUGAGCGAAAUGAAUGGGAAGCGGCUCUGCAGGAGACUCUCGGCCCUUCGCACGUACUGCUCACUAGCAGUAAUCUCGGUACACUUCAUCUUGCAUUGUUUUUGAGACGAGAUCUGAUCUGGUUCUGCUCCGUUGCGGAAGAGGAUAAUUUCUCUACGAGAACUGGGACAGCAUUUAGAACAAAGGGCGCUGUGGCCAUAGCUCUCAUGAUAUUUGGCACAAGUUUUCUCUUCGUCACUGCUCACUUGACUGCACACCAAGAUAAAGUGAAAGAACGUGUCAACGAUAUAAAGAGAAUUGUUAGGAAUCUCGACCUUCCCAAGGAGCUACCUACUAAACACAAAAGCAAAGAUGUGACGCAAAAUUUCGAUUGCGUAUUUUGGUGCGGCGAUUUAAAUUUUCGUCUGGCUCAGCCUAGAGAAGAGGUAAUCCAAUGGAUCACGAACACGUGCUUUCCGCAAGAGUCGCCGAUAAACUUGCAUAAAGAUCAAUUGAGAGUUAUCUUGAAUGAAGGCGCGGUACUACGUGGAUUCGAAGAAGCUCCGAUCACUUUUCCCCCCACUUAUAAGUAUGAUCCGGGCACACAGAAUUUUGAUUCCAGCAGCAAACAACGCACUCCCGCAUACACCGAUAGAAUCCUUUUUAAAGGAAAGGGCCACACCAGGGGAUACAUUAGACGCGUCAGUCAUGACAGUGCUAAUUCAUAUAAAGACGGUGUUAUAGAUUGUUUAAUAUACGAUUCCGUUCCCAGUAUUUGCACUUCAGAUCACAAGCCAGUUUGGGGAGUUUUUAAGACUAUACUGAGGCCGGGUAUCGAUACAAUUCCGCUUGGUGCUGGACUCUUCAACCGUGAGAUAUACUUAGAAGGCAUCAGGAGGCGUGCGGCUGCAAUGGAUGAUUCUCUUGGAACUUCAAAAGUUUGUUCGAUUCAAUGAGGAAAUUCACUGUUAUUGUAAGUGUUGAUACGUUGAUCGGUAAUAUAUUUGUUAAUAAGGUAUUUAUCCGUUUACGUCAGUAAACAGCACGAUUGCUUUAUAUCGUACGUUUCCUUGAUAGACGUUAUUUAUUUUUUACGAUGUUAUGUAUUAUCGUGCAAUCUGUCCACAUUUUUAUAGUGCACGGCGGUGAAAGACACAUUUGAGUAAGAUUUAUAUAACAAGUUAAUAUACAAGGUUUAUCAAAAAUAUAGAAAUAACGAAAUAUCUUGAAAACGAAGCAAUUGACAGAAAAAUGAUAGAUAAAAGUUGUAGAGUUUGAAGGAAGACUUAAAUUGGUGACUUUAAGAGAGCAGAACAAUGUAAAAGCCGAAAAACUGGAUUUCUUGUGAAUUUUUUUAGAGAAAACUAUACAUAUAAUUAAAAUUCGGUUUUCAUGUACACAAAGUACAUAUUUUCAUGUAAAUAUAAAAAAAAUCAGCCCAAUAUAUUAAUAUUUGCGACCUCCAGAGCUGAUGUAAAAAAGUAAAAAAAAGAAUGAAUUUAGACGAUUGGCAGAUUUCCGGCUAUACGCAGCAAGCGAAUUGAUCGCAGGCCGCGCUGAUUGGCAACAAAUUUGACACCAGAAUCUCACACCAAAACCAUAUCCAUCUGUGUCUGUAUUUAGCUUAUGUUUUGGCGACAGAACCUGCUGACAGGUAAUCCGAACAGAUUGACAGUAAAAAUUGCGCAAAAUCUGCCAAACUACACGCCAAAUUGCACGCAGCAAGAUCUGCUAGGUUUCUGCCACCAAUCUGCCGUCAGAGCUACAGGCUCUGUUCGAUUUCUGCCACCAAUCUAUUCGCAGUUCUCAGUAUUUGUUUAUAGGUUGGUUUGUAGACUUGGUUCGGAUAAAAAAAAAAGUAAAACAAUGAUUUUAUACCUAGUUAGAUUAGAGACGUAAAUAUUAACCCUUUGCACUUGAGGGCUCCGGAGCGGAGCCAUUUAAAAUUUGUCUUAUAGAAGGCAUGAACAACAACUAUAUAUGUGGUCAUAUUGUUCCCUUUCUUGUAAUAAUCCACGCGAAGUUUCGAGUCAUUCCGCCAUUAAUUCUUUAUUUGACAGUUGUUUCAAUAUAAACAAUUGUUUCGAGCGAUAGUGCAAAAUAGAUAAAAUUAGAAUCGAAGGUUUUUUUUUUUUUCUUAAGGAAAGAAAAUCUAUGAAAGGAUUUUCCCUACAUUGAGUGACUCAUGUAAUUUCUAUGAAACCGUUCGAUUUUGGAUAAACGAAUUCAAGCGUGACAGAACAAGCAUCGAAGGUGCACCACAUUUUGGAAGUCCUCCGAAUACAGCUGUCAUGAAACUACCGAUAAAGUCCAUGAUAUGGUUUUAUCCAUCAGGCAAGUGAAAAUACGCGAGAUAUUAGAAGCCAGAUCGGCAUUUCAACUGAGCGUAUUCAUUUCAUUUUGCACAAUGAAUUGAAUAUGAAAAAAAAAAAACUUUCUGCAAGAUGGAUGUCACGAUUGAUGACUGCAAAACAAAAACGAGUUCGUACGUGAACAUCCGACUGUUUGGAGGUGUUUUCAGAAGAAUCCAAUGGAUUUCAUGCGACGUUUUGUGACCAUGGAUGAAACUUGGAUUCAUCAUUAUACUUGAAUCAACAGUCCAAACAGUGGACUGAAGGAUGAGGUGAAAAAAUUCUGAAAAAGGCGAACACUAUCGAUUGAAAAGAUAAUGGCAUCAGUUUUUGUGAUGCGAAACGAAUUCUCCUGAUCGACUAUCUUGAGGAGGAAAAAACCGUUACUGGCCAAUACUAGACCACUUUUGGAGAAGUUAAAGGCAACAUUCGUGGAGAAAUGUUCCGGAAUCGUCAAGAAAAAGGUAUUGUUUCACUAUGACAAUAUACCGGCGCAAUCAAACGUUCCGUUCAGAAAAAGUUGGCCGAAUUGAAGUUUGACAUUAUCCCGCAUUCACCGAAUUCGCCUGAUUUAACUUUCUCGGAUUUCCAUCUAUUCCCGAAAUUCAAAAUUUUCCUGGCUAUAAAGAGAUUUGAGAACAAAGAGACGAUAGAAGUUGUAAACAAUUAUUUUAAAGGACCUCGAAGAAACCUAUUUUCAGGAGGGAAUCGGAAAUCUGAAAAAACAUUGGGGAAAAUGCAUUGAGUUGUGAGAAAAUUAUACUGAAAAAUAAAAUACCUUAUGAAACUAAAACUGGUGUCCUUAAUAUCAAACCACCUUUGUACAUGACUAUGUCUGUAAGGAGAUUUUUGAUUUUUGAAAAAUUACAAAAAUAAUUUUGAAAAAAAAUCUUUUUCACCUCAAUUUUUGUCGGUUUUUUUUUACAUUUAAAAUCCAUUUUUACACUUAAAAAUUCAAUUUCCAGUUAAGGAAAAGCAUCCUACGUACAAUGAUAGCCGUUCGUUUGACAAGUGUUUUGCAACUUGUCUGACUUUGAUCUGAUCAAUAUUUUUCGAGAUGAUUUGUCAACCAGUUAGAAAAAAUACUGUUUCGACAAAACGCAAAGUUUCAGUAUCAAAUAUCUUUGAGAUGAAACGAAAUUGUUGGGCUUACGUUAUUUGGUUAUUAAUUCCUGGGCCAUACGGCAACUUCUUCCUAGCCAUUAAUUUGCCCUGGAAUUCCGUAUUCCUGUCUAUGUAGAAAACGAGCCUCGCUAGUCGCUUCCUGUGCUUGUGUAUUAGUUACAAUUACGUGCUGAAUAUCACUAUUUUAGCAAUAUUCAUACAUUUUUUCGCCGAUUUUAAAGCUCCUGUGUCCUCACUUUGGCUGUCCUUUGAUGACUAUAGAAGCGAGAAAUUACAUGUCAAAAUAUAUUACGAUAUACGUGGGAAUAAAAGAAUGUGUACAUAAAAUGGCACUUGUGAUAGAUUCAGCAUAUUUAUAAAAGUGUCCGGACGCUUUUUUUAACCUGAACAAUCAAUAAAUAGCCGAAAAUUAAUGUUACAUGCAUCUUAUGUUUUUAACCUAUUUUUUUCAUGAUUUCUGUUAUAUUAAUUUUACAGCUAUUUAUUGAUUAUUCAGGUUAGGAAAGAUGACGUACGAAUAUCUUUAUAAGUAUGCUGAAUCUAUCACGAGUGCUAUUUAACAUUGCAUAUAUUCUUCUAUUUCCACGUAUAUCGUAAUAUAUUUUGUUAUGCGAUUUCUCGCUUCUGACAUCAUUAAAUAUGAGUAAUCGAUUCCGUCUGCCAUUUUACGUAUAAAAGCGUUGAAGUGAUGUUAUCGCAAAGUGAAUACUUUAUAAAAUAUUUCAUCUUUUUCUGUACUGAAAAAUAAAAAAUAAAAUAUCUCGAAAAAAUGUUAACUUUUCGAUGAUUCUUAAUACUUUUAUGCACAGAAUGAACAGAGAAAUUGAUUUAAAAAAUUAUAUCAUUGUAUUUAAAAACAUAAAGUUGACCUUAAAACGACCUUGAAUUAUUGAUUAAACAACAAAGGUAAAGUCAUCAUCCCUCUUUAAACCCUACAAUUUUUAUCUGAACCAUUUUUUGUCAAUUGCUUCGUUUUAAAAAUAUUGUACUGUUUCCACAUUUUGACAAACCCCGUGUGCGCGCGCGCGCGCGCGUGUGUGUGUGUGUGUGUGUGUGUGUGUGUGUGUGUGUGUGUGUGUGACGACCAU